UUUUAAUUAUUUACUUUCACAAGUAUUUAAAGCCUUCACCUUUAUUUUCCCUCUCUUAAUUUUCUUCAUCGAAAACUCUAACACUUUCUCCUCACAUUGGCACACUCGAAGAAUUUUUCUCCUAGGGUUUCAGCAAUUCUCGUUAUUAUUGAAAUUGGGGGACGAAAAUGGUUCUGUCGGACGAUGAAAUCAGGAGGUUGUUUCGUAUCCGAAAGACGGUAUUGCAGUUGUUGAAAGACAGAGAUUACUUCGUUGGAGAUUUCGAGAUUAACAUGUCUAGAGAACAAUUUAUUUCCAAAUUCGGCGAAAACAUGAAAAGGGAGGAUCUGGUUAUUAAUAAAGCUAAGCGAAACGAUAGCUCUGAUCAGAUCUAUGUUUUCUUUCCUGAAGAACCCAAGGUUGGUGUGAAAACAAUGAAGACAUAUACCAACCGCAUGAAAUCGGAGAAUGUAUUUAGGGCUAUACUGGUUGUGCAACAAAAUUUGACUCCCUUUGCUCGGACUUGUAUCAAUGAAAUUUCUUCCAAAUUCCACUUGGAGGUUUUCCAGGAAACGGAGCUCCUUGUCAAUGUAAAAGAACAUUCUCUUGUUCCGGAGCAUCAGGUGCUUACUACCGAGGAGAAAAAGACUUUGCUGCAAAGAUAUACUGUAAAGGAAACACAGCUGCCGCGUAUCCAGGUGAGUGAUCCGAUCGCAAGAUACUACGGGCUGAAGCGUGGACAAGUGGUGAAGAUAAUUAGGCCUAGCGAGACUGCUGGUCGUUAUAUUACCUAUCGGUAUGUGGUGUGAACAUGUUUCAUGUUAAAUAGGAUUUUCCUAGUUUAGUUAGAACUAGACAGCCUGAUGGAUUUUGUAGUUGGGGUAUGAAGAAGACAGCAAUGAUGAUAGUUUGUUUAAAUGUAGUUUAGGGUUUUGUUGAAUAGCCUCAGUUGUAGUAUUAGUGCAAUCACUCUUUUUAGCUA